UCGCAGUCGACACUUGGACCGAUACCGAUUCGAUUGAAAUUACAAGUGCCUCCUCCAACUUACGUAUUGCUUCCUUCCCGCUUUCUUUCGUUCAAACAGGCGGAGACAACACUUGGCGCUACGUGCUGAAAGUAGUCGAUCAACUAGUCGAAAAGGGAUCUGAUCAGCUCGGAGUCAUUAUUGACACGCAUGGUGUGGCAGUUAGCUUAGAUGAUGCUCCAUCGAGUGGACUGUAUCACUACGAACAAACACCAUCUAGCGACAAGCUUGAGUUCUCUAGAGGACCAGAGUAUUUCAGCCGCUUUCGACCGGUCAACCCUGAGGGUAGUUUCUCUACACGAUCGGACUCCAAGGGGUCAAGUGAUAACCAGGUACGUUUCAUCGGCAAUUCACAAUUUUUCUUCGUCUACUGGUGCCACUGCUCUGACCCCAUGGUUUUCUAAGUUUCGUAUGGGCGUGGUGGCACGCGAUGGUACUUGUCUUGUCACGGACGUGAUGCACAGUUACUGUACGUCAUGUCACAUUGUCCCUCUCAGUCGGCCAGACGUAAGUGCGACCGGUACAUCGUGGAGGCAUCCACCCCAAUUUCCGAGUAUCGCUAUAUGCAGACAUUGCUUAUUCCUCGUAAGGUAUAUCAACUUAUCCUCGGUAUCAAUCAAGAUCCUCCGCUAUACAAAACUUCAGCCGGAUUGCUGGUUCGGGAUGACCUUCAUCAUGCAUACGAUCGCUUAG